GCAGUUUCGCGAGAGAAGUCCAUCAGAGCGGUUGAUUGAAGCGAUGAUAUGAUUGCCUUACUGUUGACUGUGGCACUAUGUGCCCUUGUGCUGUGGCUCUAUCGGCUCAACAAGGACUACUAUAUAAUGGCCUUCUUCUCCAAACGAAUCCGCACGAAGGAUGGCAGACCCGUGGAGAGUAUUAUGCCGUUGGUCAAGGGUCGCACGAUCUUCGCCAACAGCUUCGAUAUGUACGGGAAAGAUCUUGCCGGCAUUUUUAGCUACGUUCGAGAGCUGUCCAAGAGAAUGGGUGGAAGCUACUUGGAAUACAACAUGGGGGUGCCCGGAAUUAACAUUAUCGAUGCGGAGAACGCCGAAUAUGUACUCAAUCAUCCGAAGCUGAUAACCAAGGGUCUGGUGUACGGUUUUCUGAAACCGGCUCUGAGAACUGGCCUUUUGACAUCCACAGAAAAAAAAUGGCACGCCCGUCGCAAGAUGCUGACACCCACAUUCCACUUUAACAUAUUGGGACAGUUCCAGGAGAUCUUCAGAGCGGAAAGCCUGAAGUUUGUGCAGCAAUUCCAAAAUCAAGACGAGAGCAUCGUUUCCCUGAGCGAUCUUAUUCCCAGAUUUACUUUGAACAGCAUUUGUGAGACUGCAAUGGGCGUGAAGCUGGAUGAGAUGGCCGAGAAGGGUGACAAAUACCGCGCGGGCAUUCAUAUGAUCGAAAUGAGCAUUAUCCGUCGGAUGAGUAAUCCCCUUCUGUGGAACAAAACAAUCUACAAUUGGUUUGCGGCCAAGACGUACGAUUCGUUCCUCAAAGUGGUUCACGAUUUCUCCAGCGAGAUCAUUGCCAAGCGAAGGAUACUCCUGGAGGAGGAACUGGAGCAGAGGAGAGCUACGCAGACAGCAGAUGAUGAUAUUUUCGUAAGCAGAAAGAAGCGUUUUGCUAUGCUGGAUUCGCUGAUUUGUGCAGAGAAGGAUGGCCUCAUCGACCAUGCUGGGAUAUGCGAGGAGGUGGACACUCUGAUGUUUGAGGGAUACGACACUACAUCUAUCGGCCUUAUCUUUAGCCUCAUGAACAUGUCGCUGUAUCCCGACAAGCAGGAACUCUGCUUUAAAGAGAUCGAAGAGCACAUUGAUGACAACUUUGACAAUUUGGACCUCAAUCAACUCGGCAAGCUGAAGUACUUGGAAUACUUUAUCAAGGAGACAAUGAGGCUGUUCCCUUCCGUUCCGAUCAUGGCUCGUCAGACUACUCAGGAGACAGAGCUGGCCAAUGGCCUCAUCCUUCCCGAGCACUCAGAGGUCACAAUUCACAUCUUUGAUGUUCAUCGCAAUCCCAAGUACUGGGACUCUCCAGAUGAAUUCCGUCCGGAGCGUUUCCUUCCUGAGAAUUGCCAGAAUCGUCAUACCUACGCUUACAUUCCCUUCAGUGCGGGUCAACGGAAUUGCAUUGGUCAAAAGUUUGCCAUGCAAGAGAUGAAAACUCUGAUUGUUGUCCUACUCAAACAGUUCCGAAUUCUGCCAAUGAUCGAUCCCAAAACUAUCGUCUUUAAUGUGGGAAUUACACUGCGGACACAGAACAACAUUAAAGUGAAGCUUGUGAGGCGAAAGUGAUGCGAAGAUUGCCGUUGUUAGAGUAGUAAAACAGCUGACUAGCAAAAUGCACAUGUACAUAAGAUACCCUGCACUGAGUUAAUAAAAUAUACUUAUUAUAUA